AUGGAUUAAGAUGAAUUUGGAGAAAUAGAAAAUGAUGACCUUAAUAAUGAAGAAUUCAAUUAUGAGGAAGAUCUAAUGGGAGGAGAUGAUCAAGAAAUACCCAACAAUUAAUAACUAAAAAAAGAAUAGGACAAAAAUCCAAAUUCAAAUUAGAGAACUCAUACACCUCAUCCACCUGAGGAGGAGGAGGAAGGUGAAGUCUAUGAAUAUGAAGAUUAAAGUGAGGGUUUAGUUGAAGAUAAUAACAAUGAAGAAGAUGUAGAAUAAGAAGUAAAUGAAGAAGUCCCUGAAGAUAAUGAUGAUUAAUAUAACGAGGAGGAAAAUGAAGAAGAAUAAUAUAAUGAAGAUUAUGAAUAAAAUGAAUAUUAGCAGAAUGAUGAUGAAUCUGAUAAAGAAUAAGUGGUUGAUAUUUCAAAUAAAAACUAAUAAAACAAAGAAGUUAAAGAUAAUAAGAAUAAUCAAUCCAAUUAACCAACUUCUAUUAUGGAACCUCCAAAAUAAAAGAAGAGACCUCCUUUGCCAACUCAACCUAUUAAAUAGAAACCUACCUAUUAAGAGAAAUAUGCUGAACUUAUGGCUUAGUAAGAUUACUCAAAUUGGAAACCAAAACAGUUGCAUGAUGAAAAUAAAUAGCUUAGAUAAAAACUUAAAGAAAUCUCUGAUGAAGUUUCCAAAUUAGUUGAACAGAAUGCUUAACGUCUACCUCCAUAACCAUAACCAUAAAUGAAGAGGUAAAAGACAGCUUAAUCUCAAGUUUCAGGUGGAACUGUUAUUGAUAAGGAGAUUGAAAUAAACCAAAAAAAAAUAGAGUAAUAAGAAGAAGAGAUUAAUAAAUUAAAUAAUAGAAUAUAAUAGAUAUAAUAAAUCAAUUACAUAAUGAAAUUAGAUGAAGAGAUUAAGAAAUUUGAAGAUGAAAUGAAGAAAUUAGAAUAAAGAAAAAAGUAAGAGUUUUUGUAACAGAAACAACGAGGCAAGGAUCUUGAUAAGUAUGAAAAUUAAGAUGGUUUUGACAAAUUGAAUAAAGAGAGGAACAGUGUAAAUUAAGAGAUGGUUAAUUUAAGAAGGAAAAUUAAGGAAUAAUAAGAAUAAUUGAAUAAAUAAAAGGAGAACAUUAAAAAUACAUAAGAGGUUGAACUUCCAAAAAUUAAUAAGGAAUUAAAACUUUUAGAGGAAGAAGCUGAAAAGUAUAAAAUUGAUAUAAGUGGUGAUAAACCAUUCAGUAAAUAAAAAGAAUAAUAUAUUGCACUUUUGACUUAGAAGGAUAAUUUAUUAAAACAUAAUCUUAUAAUGGAAAAGAAGGAUAAAUAAUUAGAAAUGAUAGAAAAAGAAAUUAAGGAAUUGAAAAAAGAAAAAGAGCGAUUUGAUUAAUAAAUUAAUGCAAAUGAAAUGAUUUUAAUUGAUUAAAGAAGAUAAAAAGAAGAAUUAAAAAUUAAAGUACCAUCUGAUGUUUUUAGAUCAAUUCCUGCAACAAUGACUUAAGAAAAUAUUUCUGAAGCAUUAUAAUAAGAAAAGAAAACAUAAGAAAAUUAACGAAAAUUAUAAAGUGCAAAACCCCCUAUAUCUAAAUAAUAGUAAGAUUAAAGUAGUCAUAAAGAAUUAAAAUUACCAGUUAAGUAAGAUGAAAAACCAUAAUAAUUAACAUCAAAAAAUGAAGUAGAAGAGGAAAUUAUAUGUGAAGAUGAAACUGAAUAAUAAAAAUAACCAAUAAAGUAAGAAGAAAAAAAAUAAAUUCAAAUAUCAUAAUCUACUCCAAUAAAAUAAGAUAUUUAAAUUAUAUAAUAAUAAUUCUAAUCUCCUAAUCAACAAAAUAAAUUAAAUUCAAAACCUUUUAAUAAUAUAAGAAAAUCUGUUGAUUAAUAACCUACUGCUGAUUAAGGUCUCAAUAAUGAUAGUAAUCAAUAAAAUAAUACUAAUGAUGUUUAAAUAGAAUAUACAGGUCCUUCUAGAAUAAUAAGAAUGAUGAGAAAACCAUAAUAAAAUUAAUAAGAAGAUAAUAAUUAAUUCAUAAUUAAUCCAUCUAAACCAGUUGAAUAACCUAGAGAUCAACAUAAAGAUAUUAAUGAAUAAAACAACAAUAAACCUAUUGAAUAACCUACUUAAUUUGAAUAGCCUAAACCAAUUGAAGAUUAUCAACCUACUUUUCCAACUAGAAGAACAACCAAUAGACCUAGAGGAUUAGAUCAUAAUACAAAUGAAUAAUAAUAAACUAUAGAAUAGCCGCAAAUCUAAAUUAAUUAGAAAUAGGAUUAAACUCAAUAAUCUGAAUAUCCUACUAGAAGAAGAAUGAGACUAGGUUAGGAUGAAUAAUAAGAAUAAUAGAAUAACAAUUAAUAAUAAUAAUCUAUUUCAUCAUAAUAAUAAUCCUUAACAUCUUAAUAAUAAUCUUAUUAACCAUCUGAUGAUGGAAAUAAAUAAAGAAGAAUUAAAAUAUUUACUGAUGAAAAAUAACCUGAAGCUCCAAAAACUGAAGAACCAACUAAUGAAUUUUAAACAAAGCAAGAACCAAAUAAAUAAUAAGGAAGAAGAAAUAGAGGCAAUAACAAAUUAAAUAUUUGGGAAGAUUAACCUGUUUAGAAAGAGAAUAUUGAAGAGAUUUAAGAAAUUAAAGAUAUAAAAUAAGUACCAGAAGUUCAACAUAAAGAAGAUAGAGAAUUAACUUUAGAUGAAAUAUUAGGAGCUCCAAAACAUUAAGAAGAGUAUAGACCAAAUCAACAAAAAAGAAAAUUUGAAGUUCCUAAAAAUGAUAAUGAAAUUUAUGAACCUGGAUUUGGAGGUGGUGGAAAUAAAAGAGUAUUAGGAAAUCAAUAAAAAAUAGAUAAGGUAUUAUUAUAAAUAAUUAUAAAUUAGUAAAAAGAAUUGGCUUAAAAGGCUGAAAAAGGAGACUUAUUAGAUGAUUUUGACUUUUGA